UUCUAUGCGUCCGAAUGUUACAUCGCAGUUGUCCAUGGGUUAUGGCCUGCAGGGUUCUCCAUCCCUUGCCCGGCGACUAAGUUCAGCAUCACCUGCGGCACUGACAGGACACCAGGGAUCGCAUGAUGUGGUGGUGCAAGUGGCUCUGCUAUGCUCAGACAUACACUUGCAGGAAGAACUCAGGUUACAGGGCAUAGAAACGGAAACCCCUGAGGAACUGUAUCCGUUCACUGUGCUCAAAGCCAGCGAGCUGGGCAAAGCGUACGUUUAUUUGGGACGCGAUGACAAACAGAUACUCAGCGGUCGACCGCUGCGAGACAUUGGCAUACUCAGCACCUGCAAGGUCUAUCGAAGUAGGGGACAG